AUGCAGCCUGAACCCCUCGAGGGUCAAGAGCCCCGUAAGUUGGCAAUCCCUGAAUAUUCCCAACUGCCUCGGGUGCCAAACAUGCCACAGGGCUGCACAUGGGGCCUAUGGGACCGUCCUGGCCAUUUCGAUGAACUGGGGACAUUAAAUCUCUUGACACCUCCCACAGUCCUCUCAGCCAAGGACGAAAUUCAACACGGUAUCAGUGUCGCUGUUAACUGGUCUCUUAACAACUGUCAGACUCCUCACUCGAAUCGAAAACCUCCUACCCACACCAUCAUUCCCCUGCCUAAUUGGGUCGGCCACGACGAUGAGAUUCACAUGAACACCCAGAGUGGCAGUCAAUGGGAUGGUUUUCGACAUUGGGCUCAUCAACCCUCCCAGACCUACUAUAAUGGUGUUUCGCAUGACGAGAUCACAAAUCCUGCUACCGUGAGACCCAGAAAUGGAAUUGACCAGUGGUCCAGACGUGGCGGAAUCGUUGGUCGAGGAGUCCUCCUCGACUAUUAUGCCUGGGCACAAGCUCAAGGCAUCCAAUAUUCUCCCAUCGAACGUCACCCUAUCUCGGAAAUAGAUCUCGAAGCUGUUGCAAAAUCACAAGGUACAAUCUUCCGCCAAGGAGAUAUCCUUUUGAUUCGUUGCGGGUUUGUGACAUGGUAUAAGCAAGCCAGUCCGCAUGAGCGCCGGGCGGGAACCGUCGAUGGCAUGGCCUGGGCCGGAGUAGAAGGCACCAAAGACUCAGUGGAGUGGUUCUGGAACCGACACUUUUCCGCUGUUGCCGGUGACGCCAAUGUGUUUGAGGCAUGGCCGGCCAAAGACGAUCGAUAUCGUCUACAUGACAACCUCAUUGCCUUGUUUGGUAUGCCCGUCGGCGAAAUGUUCGACUUGGACGAGCUCGCCGACGUGUGCAAACGUCUGAACAAAUGGUCCUUUUUCUUCACGAGCGCACCGUUGAAUUUCCCUGGUGGAAUAGCCAGUCCUCCAAACGCCCUCUGUAUUCUGUAGGCGCAGUCAACCGCUUGGUCAGAGCUACUCAUGGUCCCCCCAGCGGACUUCAUACUCAAAUUCUCCCCAUGUGCCGC